AUGUCGUCUUUCAGCGGCACGCAGCAGAAAUGUAAGGCCUGUGACAAAACUGUUCAUUUUGCGGAGAUGAUGUCAGCUGAUGGAGUUCCUUAUCAUAAUACUUGCUUUAGAUGCACCCAUUGCAAUGGACGACUCACGAUGAGCAACUAUUCUAAAUCCCCACUGGAUGGAUCCUUGUAUUGCAAGCCUCAUUUCGAGCAGCUCCUUCGGGAGAACGGAGGGUUUGCUAACAAACUUGCUACCUCGGGGAAGCCAAAUGGACUGAGCAGGGCUCCAAGUAAAGUAUCAACUUUGUUCUCUGGUACCCAAGAAAAAUGCAACGUCUGCAAGAAAACAGUUUAUCCUUUGGAAAAGGUGACGGUGGAAGGAGAAUUUUACCACAAAUCAUGCUUCAGGUGCGCUCACGGAGGCUGCUUUCUUAACCCCUCAUCUUAUGCUGCUCUAGAUGGGAUUCUCUAUUGCAAGCCCCACUUCUCUCAAUUGUUUAAGCAGAAGGGUUGCUACAAUCAUCUCACCAAGACAACUUCGUUGAAGAAAAGUGGUUCAGAAGAAGGAGCUGCGCUAGCAAAGGAACAAGAAUCCAGCGCUGAACCAAAAGAAGAAGAAGCAGAAAACGCCCAAUAA